UGGGGGCAGAGAGAGAGAGAGAGCCCUCGGGGGCCGGGGAACCGAACCCCCCGACGCGGCGGCUGUUCUGUUCGCUCUGGAGCACGAUGCGGAGGAAGGGGCGGCCAAGCAAAGCUCGGAGACUGUUCCCUGCCUCCGCUGAGACCCUGACCAGACAGGCCUGCAGGAGUGGGAACCUCUUAUUCUAAUUUCCCUCCCCUUUAUAUAUAUAAAAAAGAAUCUGUCCCUCUCUCAGACCCCCCUCCUCCUCCAAACUCUCAAGCCUUUUUUGUUUGUGUUUGUCUCCCUUUCUUUGCAAACUCUUUCCCGAUCCCUCUCUCCUGGUUAGGGGAGGGAGGGAGGGAUUAUUCGGGACAUGGCUAUGACCUCCAGCGACUGGGAAGAAUCCCGGGACGAGCCCAAACUCUACCCCCACAACGGCGGCGAGGAGUCCUCAGAGAGCCCGGCUCCCUCGUCCUCGCAGACCGGGGGCAGUGAGCCGGAGUUGGGUGAGCAGGCGGUCCAGGUGGACUGUGUGGUGUGUGGGGACCGGGCCAGUGGCAAACACUAUGGCCAGUUCACCUGCGAGGGCUGCAAGAGCUUCUUCAAAAGGAGUAUCCGUCGGAAUCUCUCCUACACUUGCAGGUCUAACCGGGACUGUCAGAUUGACCAGCAUCACAGGAACCAGUGCCAAUACUGCCGGCUCCGAAAGUGCUUCAAAGUGGGCAUGAAGCGAGAAGCAGUCCAGCGAGGCAGGAUUCCUCCAGCCCAGGCCAGCCCUGGGGAGCUCUCGCUGUCUGGAGGAGAGCACUUGAAUGGAGGCAACAUCUCAGGACUUAUCUCCCUGCUGCUGAGAGCAGAGCCGUACCCCACGUCUCGCCUCAGCACCCAGUGCGGCCGCUUCAACCUCAUGAGCAUAGACAACAUCUGUGAGCUAGCAGCCAGGUUGCUGUUCAGCGCUGUGGAGUGGGCCAGGAACGUCCCGUUCUUCCAUGAGCUACAGAUCUCUGACCAGGUGGCGCUGCUGCGGCUGAGCUGGAGUGAGCUGUUUGUCCUGAAUGCAGCCCAGUCGUCCCUCCCUCUUCACAUGGCUCCCCUCCUGGCAGCUGCCGGCCUCCACUCCACGCAGAUGUCAGCGGAUCGAGUGGUGACCUUCAUGGACCAGAUCCGAAUCUUCCAGGACCAGGUGGAGAAGCUCAAGGUUUUGCAGGUCGACUCUGCUGAGUACAGUUGCCUGAAGGCGAUCGCCCUCUACACCCCAGACGCUUCUGGUCUCUCGGAACCUGCCCACAUUGAGAGCUUGCAGGAGAAGGUUCAAGUGUCGCUGGCUGAGUAUGUGCGAUGUCAGUAUCCACCGCAGCCCCAGCGCUUUGGCAAACUGCUCUUACGACUCCCGGCAUUGCGAGCAGUGCCAGCCUCCCUCAUUGGACAACUCUUCUUCAUGAGGCUGGUGGGCAAGACACCCAUUGAGACCCUAAUCAGAGACAUGCUCCUGUCUGGAGGUUCCUUCAACUGGCCUUACAUGCCAACUCAAUGAUAAAGCCUGAUUCCGAAUGGGCUCCAACUAGACUAUUACUGGGCACUGCCAAGUAUGCCACCUCGCAUACGUGAGAUUAAACGGGAUCACUUGACUUCAGGCACUAACUGGAUCCUGGGAUGCAGUAUUUAAAUUUAGUACUUUGCUUCUUUUGUUUGCUUAAGGACACUAAGCCAAAAUGUGAGAAUGUUUCAUGGAAUAGUCUCUGUUCCUGGAUGAUGAGACAUUACAGGCAGAGAUGCUUGUAAAUUGUACACCUCCCCUCACCCCCAUACACACGCUCCAGGUUGGGACAAGGGCAAUAUUCAGCAGUGUACCUGCUCCUGAUGACUGUCCAUUGGCUUUAGGAGAAGGUAACCAGACACAGUUUGAGCAUAGGAUUGACCCAAGCUCCAUCUACACCCUUCACUGUCUUCCUUCACUCACAAGGAAUGGCUGUGUGGAGGGGGCUCCUGGAGACUCCUGAUUGAAUAGGAGGAAAACCUGUAGAAGGUUGGAGAGAUCAGCUUCCACGUAGAGAUUUGAUUUAACAAAUGGGGAAGCCGCACCUUUAUUAGAAUCACAUAAUUGAGAAAUUUCAACUGCAUUUUAAAGAAGUGCGCAGAGUUUGACUGUGCACCAUUUCCAUGCAUAUGUUUGGUGAUGUUUGAGAGCAGUGCUGGAAGGGGACUGGAUUACUCAGUCUUUCACUCAAAGUGCACUCCAAGAUCGAGGAAGUCACAUUGUCACACUCCUUCUGGUUGUCCCAACAUGCUCUGCCCCUGCUAACCUUGAGGAGCACUUCAUAAUUCCCAAGUACAGAAGGUUUGCACACUCAGUCAUUAGAAGGAGGAAGCAAAGGACUGAGAUUGUAGCGUUGUUUAAAAAGCAAUUGGAAAAGUAUUUCAAAACAAAAACAAUGCAAGGAAGAAGCAAUGAAAUGGAAUCACAUUAAGACCCCAUAACCAGCUGGUUGGGGUGGGAAGGAGGUCUAUUAUUUUCUGCGCUGUAACAUUUUAGAAUUUCGUUCAAAUUGCUUGCAUCUCCUUCACCUCGCAUCCUCUUGGAGUUACUUCCUGAGUCACCUCUCAAAAUCUAGUCCUGAUAUUGUACGAUAGCAUCAUAUUCAUUGUGAGUGUAUCCUUUAACUGUACCUUCUAGUUUGUGUGACAUAGCCUCCUGAUUUAACUGACUGUGAUGUUGCAAUAAAAUAUUUUGAGUCUUUUGA